CCGGCCGGUGGCCCGGCGGUUCCCCCCCUUCAGGACUACGCUACCCAUGAGGCACCGCGGCCGCGGCCGGAAGCCUGGUGCCGCCGCAAGGGGUUGUGGGGAGUAGGCCUCUUCCUUUCCGGUGCUGGGCGACAUCAGCAGGUAGACAAACAUGGGUGCCUACAAGUACAUCCAGGAGCUAUGGAGGAAAAAGCAGUCGGACGUGAUGCGGUUCCUCCUGCGUGUUCGCUGUUGGCAGUACCGCCAGCUCUCUGCCUUGCAUCGAGCUCCCCGGCCCACCCGACCAGACAAAGCUCGCAGGCUGGGAUAUAAGGCUAAGCAAGGUUAUGUUAUCUACCGUGUUCGUGUUCGCCGUGGUGGUCGUAAACGUCCAGUCCCAAAAGGUGCAACCUACGGUAAACCUGUGCAUCAUGGUGUUAACCAGCUGAAGUUUGCCCGGAGUCUUCAGUCUGUAGCAGAGGAACGUGCUGGCCGUCACUGUGGGGCUCUCAGAGUCUUGAAUUCCUAUUGGGUCGGUGAAGAUUCCACAUACAAGUUUUUUGAAGUGAUCCUGAUUGAUCCCUUCCACAAGACCAUCAGGCGCAACCCUGACACCCAAUGGAUCACCAAGCCUGUCCACAAGCACAGGGAGAUGCGUGGGCUGACAUCAGCCGGGCGGAAGAGUCGUGGCCUUGGCAAGGGCCACAAGUUCCACCACACCAUCGGUGGCUCGCGCCGUGCUGCCUGGAGGAGACGCAAUACCCUGCAGCUGCACCGUUACCGUUAAUUCCUGUCCUUGUAACGAUCUAAUAAAGCUCAUGAGGGUUGUUGAGUUUAACAAGUGCUUCUGCUGCUUCUUGGUUUAUGUGGAGAAACGUAGAAUUCUCCAGGAGUUAAGUCAUUGCCAUAGUUUUGGAAGGCUUUUUGUAAUGUAAUCUGAUGUUUGUAAACCUUAUAGCCUCAAGUGUAAGAGUUCUGUGAUGGGUUUCACUUUUGAUCAAGACAGAAGACAAGUGUGAAUUGAAAGCCGUCAGGCUAUUCCGUGUUCUUUAUGUUGGUCUGAGUAUACAUCUUUGCUGUCUGUAGGUCAUGGUGUCUGUGUUCUGUGCUUAGACUGAAGGCCAGCUUCGAUCUUGUACAAUAAGAUGUAAACUGAAAGUUCUAGCUUAUUUUUUACAGGUGAUUAAAUGCUAAUGGCAAUUUUAUUUUUCAA